CCAGGCAUCUCUUCGACGCGGGCCCCGAAGCUGUGAUAGGGGUCGUGCCAUCCUCGCUUCCACUUCGGAAAGCGAGGCUUGGCUAGCCAAGGUACGUAGUACAUUUUCCCCUCGCUCGUCACCGCGUUGAGCUCGGGGAGCUGUUCCCGCACCGGCGGUGGCUUCCGUAAGUACCAGGGCAACCGCGCACCUGGGGGCGGCCCGCGUACAGUCCAGGGGGUGCGAGGAAGCGGGACACGGGAGGGCCUCGGCCCGUAGAGGAUUUUGCUGCGCCGUUGCCCAGAGGGCGCCCAGCAUUGCAAGCGUUUGACGAGCCGAUGUAACGCCAGCAUUCUUUUGGUCUCCAAACUGCUUCACUGUCCGCUGGUGGCGACAGCCAUUUUCCUUCCGCCUCCGGAGGGCAUGCUGGGAGGAGAGGCGGGAUUUUUUUGUGAUCGACACCGAGCCGGCUUUUCUUGUCCCGACCCCCACCAAGGGUAGAGCUCGUCUGACCCGCCUUAAGCGGAGCCUCCGGCCGUCGAGGAAAAGGGAAAGACGGAAGCGCCCUUGGAACAAACGGCGGUGACUUGUCCACGCGUAGGUGAUGGAGCAGGCGAAACAGCCUCGGGUUUUGUUAAGGACAGAAGAACAGUGCCAUUCAUCACACCACUGCAACUAAUGCACUGACUGCAGGGAAUAGCCCACUUUCGCAGCGGCAAAAUACUGCGGUAAUGGGUGAUAGUGAAGAUGACUGGCUGGCUGUCAAGCCCAAGGAACCAUUGCCAUCCCAGUGCUGUGGUAGUGGCUGCAAACCCUGCAUCUAUGACAUAUAUCAGAAAGAGCUGGAGCAAUGGGAAGAGGCCAAGACAAAAAAAGAUGGAAGCCUCUUGACCAGGAAGCAGCAGCAAAGUAGUAAUUCAGAACUAACUCCAGAAACAUUCACGGCUUUCAUCAUAAGCUCUGUAGAUCAGCUGACAGAGGACACCUACCAGUAUAAAUUUGAAUUGCCUGGAAGCAGCAGCCUAGGGUUGAGUUUAGGACAACAUAUUGUGCUAAGAGGACUGGUGAAUGGUUUGGAAGUUCAGAGAGCCUAUACUCCAAUUACUCCUGUGAAUACCGAAGGGUACUUUGAAGUUUUAAUAAAGUGCUAUGAAGAUGGACUAAUGUCACAAUACAUAAAAUCCUGGAAAGAAGGAGAUUCAGUUUUUUGGAGAGGACCAUUUGGAGGCUUUCCUUACACAGCCAAUCAAUAUGGAGAACUUCUCAUGCUUGCUUCUGGUACUGGUCUAGCACCAAUGCUUCCUAUUCUUCAGCAUGUAACAGAAAAUGAGGAUGAUGAAACAUUUGUAACUCUAGUGGGCUGCUUCAAGAAUUUUGAAAAUAUUUACAUGAAGUCUCUUCUUCAAGAGCAAUCUCGAUUCUGGAACGUAAGGGCAUUUUACGUAUUAAGCCAGGAAUGUUCGCUUGAAAAUCUGCCAUGGAGCUUUCAAGAAAACACACACAUUGGCCGAAUAAAUGAAAACUUGAUUAAGGGUAUGGUGAACACAUGUAGGAGACAACCUUUUGUAUUGAUAUGUGGCUCAGUGACAUUUAGUGAAGAUAUGAAGAGAUGCUUGAAAGCCGUUGGUCUUAAAGAAGAUUUGUAUUUUAUAUUUUAAAGGAUUUCAACAAAUAACAUUAUCUUUGCUACAAAUAACUUUAAUCUACCUUUGGUCAGUUUGGAUUUAUGCCAAUCCGUCCACAUUUGUGCUUCCUGUCCUAAGAGUAGGUUAAAGAAUCCCAUAAAUGAGCAAAUACCACAACUGGUGAUAUUUAUUUAUUUAUUGUAUUUGUACACCGCCCCAUAGCCGAAGCUCUCUGGGCAGUUUACAGUAACUAAAUCUAAAUCUAACUAAAGAUAUAAAUCUAGUCCCAUUUGCAGCAAGUUAUUCUUGGCCGUUUCCAGAAAGUAAUUAUGGGGGGAUAUUGCUUGGCACAAUGGAAGUUUUACUGUGACAUCCCACAGGAUACCAUCUUGUUCCCCAUGCUAUUUAACAUCUAUUUGAAACCACUGGGAUCUGAAUCAGGAGAGGCAGUUCAGGUGCUAGACUAAUGUUUGGAAGCAGUGACGAGCUGGAUAUGGAGCUUGAAGCAGAAUCCUGAUAAGACAGAAGCAUUAUGAGUUCUGAGCUCUUGGAUCUGAGAGGUGGGGAGACAGCCUAUUUUAGAUUGUUGCACUCACCUGGAAGGCACAGAUCCACAGCUUGGGGGGUAUUCCUGGAUCCAACAUUGUCACUGGAAGUUCAGGUAGCUUCAGUGGCUAGGAGUGCCUAUUUCCAGCUAUGACUGGUUUUCCAGCUAUAGCCCCUUUUGGACAGAGAUGGCUUAGCCCAGCCUUUCCCAACUAGUAGGCCACCAGAUGUUGUUGGACCACAAUUCCCAUCUUUCCUGACCAUUGUCCAUGCUGGCUGAGGCUGAUGGGAGUUGUGGUCCAACAACAUCUGGUGGCCCACUAGUUGGGAAAGGCUGACUUAGCCAUUGUAUUCCAUGCUCUAGUAAUUUCCGGAUUCGAUUAUUGCAAUGUGCUCUACUGCCCCUAAGCUAUGAAAUUCCUUCCAUAUAGAAGUGUGCCUGGCACCUUCACUAUAGUUUUCAUCAUAUGCUAAAGAUUCACUUCUUUACCCUGUCCUUUGACACCUGAGAUACAUGAUUUUAGCACCCACUCUAUUAAUUUGAAUUAAAUUAUUUUAACUAGUUUUAAUAUUAUACUUUUAUAUUGCUGUAACCCAUUGUGGGACUUUCUGGUGAAGGGCAGGUAAGAAAUCUAAUUAAUAAUAAUUCCCUGUCACUUGUGGAGAUGACCUUCUCAUUGAGCAGAUUGGUGAUUGGAGCCUACUUGCUCCUCUUGCUCCUCCAGCAGCUAACACUAAUUGGGCUGACCCGAGACAUUUUCACAUGCCGAGUAGCUGAACCACAUGCUUUAAAAAGUGUACCUCAGGAAUGGAUCUCUUGCUAUAUUACAGAGGAUGCCUAUAGGGCAUCUGCAAGGUGGGCAAUACCCCCACCUCACCCUGGAUCGAACCAUACUCCCCAAAUUCCCAGGUUUUUUUUUAAAAAAGAAGACACAAAUCUCUAGCCCUUGUAGAGUCUGAGAUACGAGGCAAAAUGUACAUGCGCUCUUCUGCCCAUUGGUUUUAUGAGAAUUUGUCUCCUCCCACCUGUCUGUCCUAAGACAACAAAUGAAGUCAUAGCUGAGACUGACAUUUAGGCAGCUGUGCAUUGAAGGGGGAAAUGCCCCGAGAUGAAGACCCAUCACUUUUUUGCAGGUGGCCCCCUCCAGGUGUCCCUCUGAGUAUAGCCAAUCAAGCUGCCAUGUGCUUACUUUUAAAAGCAACACCCUUUUCUCUUGCCUUAGGGGAGAGGGGGAGAAUCCAGCAAGGUCAGCAGUCACUACAGCCAAUUAGCAGUCAUUAUAAAUGUCGUUGUGUGGAGGAGAGAGACAGGAGGAGGGAGAAAGUCAGCAGGAGUUAAAAGGACUUUUACAGAGGAGGGACAGCCAAGUCCAAUUUGGGAGGGAGGUUGCAUCAGAAUCUUACUAAAAUGAAGGGCUUUAAACAGUUGCAUGCAGACUGCAGCCAAAGUGGAGGGUAGCCACACCGGGGGGGGGGGGGAGGAUGGGGCUUAGAGUGAGGCAAAGCAGUGUUUUCUCACAGAGAAAGGGGAUGAAAGAAAUAAGGCCACUUGUAAAAUGCAAGGUGCAUUGCUUGUAAAGCAUUUUUCCCCUUGAUGGUGCUUUUUGCAGUAGAUUGUCUGUGAGAAAUUGAAUGGGUGGGAGAUAAAGGGCUAAGAAGAGGGGGGGUAUUUUAUAGCCAUCACUGCACUCAAGAGAACUCCUCACAGCUGAUCUACGAAAAGCAGGUUUCUUCCCCUUGUAAAAUACAGGCAGCUUUGCUCUUUGUCCACUUUCUUAGCCCUUUGCUCUUUCUGUCUUCCCCCACCCUGUGUGAGGUUCUGUCUAUUCCCCCCCCCCCACUUCCUCAAAGAUAAUCUGCAAAAAGUACAAUUGAGGGGGGGAAAGAACCGCUUUACAAACAAUUCCCCUUGUAUUUUACAGGCAGCCUUCUUUCUUCAGGCUGCCUGCCUUUGCCCCCUUUGUGAGGAAAUGCCAUCUCACCUCACUCUCCACUCACUCUUCUUAGCCCCUUUCUCUUUCUCCCCUCACUCACUCUGUGAUGUCUGCAGUGAGUCUAUGCAAGAAGAAAGAAUUGCUUGUCAAGCAAUGCCCCUUGUAUUUUGCUGGCAUCAUGUGCAAAAAAUAAAUCCUCUCAGCUGAUAACGCAAAACACAUGGGGAAGAAACUUUUUUUUUUGCAACUCAGCUGUGAGAGGGACCUCUCUUGCACGCAGCGAUACCUGCAAAAUACCAGCUUCUUUGUGUGUGUCCCCGGGGAGGGAAGAAAGAACCACUUUGCUUGCCCUAUGUUUGGUGUUUUGUGAAGUCCUGAGCACAGGGCUGGGAAAGCCCCAUGUGCAACAGUUUCCAAGCACCUGAUUGCCAGUAGGCUGUUGUGGCUUGGGGACCCCCUGCAAGGAGUUUGGAUAGGUGGGUUGGAGAGCCCACUUACCAAACAUUUGACACCAUAAUCAUGUCAUGUGAUUGACAGGUGGGUGGCAACAUCAGUCAAAUUUGGCCUGUGAGACCAAUCUUAAUGACUCAUGAAGGGACUCUGCACUUCUAUAUUUGUCACUACACUGCUGCAUUUAGGAGAGCUUCAGCUAUGGGGCAGUAUACAAAUGCAAUAAAUAAAUAAUCUCCUAACUUGGAUCUUUUUUACCAACCCCGUUGUCUUUUUUCACACCUGAGUUUGUAAACAUUUUUUUGAAUUACCCUGCUAAUACAGUCCGCCAUUAUUGUACCCAUAUUGCAGAGGAUAAGGCUGCGGAUUGGGAAUUUUGUAUGCAAAAAUAACUAAGAGAAAACCACUUCUUCCCCACUGCCACUCUGCAGACUGCACUCACAUUUCCCACAAACAAAGAAACCCUGAAAACCACGUGUUAUUUGAGCCUCAAGGGCCUUCAAAAUGCUGCACCUGAAGUUCUUGCUGCCAUCAUCACCAUGCUCCACGUAGUCAUUUUCUGUCAAGGCUGUCUGGGAUUUCUGGCCAAAAGUACUCCCUGCACAAAAAUACCUCAGGUUACAGCCAAGGUCUUUCCUCUCCACCCAGGCAUUUUAGCAUGCGUUUUUAAAUUGUUUUUUUUUUUAAUAAAAGUGUUAUUAAAUGUG